AUGAGCAGCAGAAGGAGAUUUCCUUCAGCAAAAGCAAUUGCAGCAGCUGCUUCGUCGGAGAAGCCGAGAAGCAAGAAGCCCAAGUACCUGUCGCUAAAGCUCCAGCUGAACCAAAACCCGACCCUAAAGGAGCUAGCUUUGGAAUCCAACCACGCUACCCAGAAGAAGAAGAAAACGAAAAUGGGUUCGCCUGUGGAAGAAACACAUCAUCAGCUGAACCUCUUCCCUCUUUACCCAGAAGCUGAAAACCCCAAUGUCAGCGGCGGCGAGGAAGAUCAGCAGCGGCGCAUUCGGGAGGAAAUUCAUCAGGCGGAUGAUCACGUGGCGAUUCUGUUGGAAACAGACGCCGCCGACACUUCAACGUCCCUCCACGGCCUCCUCGACAGCACUACUACUACUACGACGACGUCGGAGGAAGACCCAAUUUCUCCAAAUUACUCCAUUUUCCCCGGAGCGGUUAAGGGGUUCGGCGAAGCGGCGCCGUUUGAUCAGUGGCUGGUACGGGCGGCGAUGCGGUCCAGGGAGAGGGACGCGAGCGAGGAGCGGUGGGUGAGCUACUGUGAAGUGGUGGAGGAGAGUCAGCCGAAGAAGAAGAAGAAAGCGACAAAGAGGAAGAGAUUCGAGCAAGAUGAGGUUAAUAGCGGUGCCGGUGGCGAUUUCUUGGUUCCGUCUGGAUUUAUUUCCGCCGACGCAGCAGAUUUUGAUCCGUUGGGAGUGGUGCUGAUGGAGCAGCAGAGGGAGAGUAAUGGGUUGUCGGCGGUGGUGGGAUUGAAGCUUGAUUAUCAGGAGAUCUUGGAUGCUUGGUCCGAUAAAGGGUCUCUCUACAUAGACGGCGGCGAACCGCCGCCGCAGACCGUCCCUGAUUUGCAUGAUACUUCGCCUCCUUCCAGCGGCUCUGUGGAGUGUGGUGGGAAUGUGGGCAACCUAUGGAGAGUGCCUGACAUGGGGAGCAUGGAAAUGGAGGAGAAUGGAGGUGAAAAAGAAUGGAAGCUUGGGCAGAGAGAAGCUAGUGUUUUGAGGUACAAGGAGAAGAGGCAGAACAGGCUCUUCUCUAAGCGGAUUCGGUAUGAGGUUAGGAAGCUCAAUGCUGAGAAACGGCCCCGAUUGAAGGGUCGAUUUGUGAAGCGAAUUGGCGAGUGA